AUGGAAGCUGAAUUGGAAGCAGUUAUAUUGGCAGGAGCAGAUGAGGAGGAAAUAGAACAUAUCAUCCUCCAUAAUAUAUUUAUUGAUAGAGGCAUUACUCAUACAGCACAAUUCAACUUGGAAAACUUGCCAGAUGAAGUAAUAAGACUAAAUUUUCGAUUUGAGAGGUCUGACCUUCAUAGGCUGAUGGCUGUUUUACGAAUACCUUCAGAAAUUGUCACUAUCACACGUAAUAAAGUGGAUGGUUUAACAGCAUUGUGCAUUCUACUAAGACGGCUGGCAUAUCCAAACAGAUUGUGUGAUAUGGUCCCUAUGUUCCACUUGUCAACUCAGUCUUUGUCACAAAUCAUAAAUAAAUUGAUAAGUGUGAUUAUGGAGGAGCAUGCUGUACUUCUCAACAAUUUGAAUUCAUUGCAGUGGUUUAAUAGGGAGAAGUUGGAGUAUUAUGCACAGGCUAUUCAUAAUAAAGGAGCACCUAUGAAUAAUUGUUGGGGUUUCAUCGAUGGUACAGCAAGGAAAAUUUGUCGACCCUCUGAAAAUCAAGAAGAGUAUUAUUCAGGACACAAAAGGUAUCACUGCAUAAAAUUCCAAUCAAUAAUUUGUCCUGAUGGAAUUAUUGUUAGUUUGAAAGGCGCAUAUCCGGGAAGAAGGCAUGAUGCCAGAAUAUUUAGGGAGUCAGGUAUCUCUGAAGAAUUAGUGCAAAAGACAUGUUUUGACACAAGACGAUUUGUUUUAUUUGGUGAUCAAGGAUAUGGGCUGAGUGAUGUGCUAUUUACCCCAUUUCAUGGCAGAAUGGAAGAUUUACCUGCCCAUCAGCAGAGUUUCAAUUCUGCUAUGAAAGUUCUAAGGAUAGCAGUAGAAUGGGGUUUUCAGAAAGUCAUAUCAGAAUUUGCCUUUGUAGAUUUUUCAAAAAACCAAAAAAUGCUACUUCAAGACGUUGAUGCUUUAUACAAGACACCAGAUACCAGACACCAGAUACCAGAUACCAGACACCAGACACCAGAUACCAGACAUCAGAUACCAGAUAAAGAGAUAACAGAUACCAAAUACCAGAUACCAGACACCAGACACCAGAUACCAGACACCAGAAGCCAGAUACCAGAUACGAGAUACCAGAUACCAGAUACCAGAUACCAGACACCAGACACCAGACACCAGAUACCAGAUACCACACACCAGACACCAGAUACCAGAUACCAAUACCAGACACCAGAUACCAGACACCAGAUACCAGACACCAGAUACCAGACACCAGAUACCAGACACCAGAUACCAGACACCAGAUACCAGACAUCAGAUACCAGACACCAGAUACCAGAUACCAAACAUCAGAUACCUGAUACCAGAUACCAGAUACCAGAUACGAGAUACCAGAUACCAGAUACCAGAUACCAGACACCAGAUACCAGACACCAGAUACCAGACACCAGAUACCAGACACCAGAUACCAGACACCAGAAACCAAUAGCAGAUACUAGAAACCAGAUACUGGACACCAGAUACCAGACACCAGAUACCAGAUACCAGACACCAGAUACCAGAUACCAGAUACCAGACACCAGACACCAGAUACCAGACAUCAGAUACCAGACAUCAGAUACCAGAAACCAGAUACCAGAUACGAGAUACCAGAUACCAGAUACCAGACACCAGACACCAGAUACCAGAUACCAGACACCAGAUACCAGAUACCAGACACCAGAUACCAGACACCAGAAACCAGAUACCAGAUACGAGAUACCAGAUACCAGACACCAGAUACCAGACACCAGACACCAGAUACCAGAUACCAGACACCAGAAACCAGAUACCAGAUACGAGAUACCAGAUACCAGAUACCUGACACCAGACACCAGAUACCAGAUACCAGGUACCAGAUACCAAACACCAGAUACGAGAUACCAGAUACCAGAUACCAGCCACCAGAUACCAGACACCAGAUACCAGACACCAGAUACCAGACACCAGAUACCAGACACCAGAAACCAGAUACCAGAUACGAGAUACCAGAUACCAGAUACCAGACACCAGACACCAGAUACCAGACACCAGAUACCAGAUACCAGAUACCAGACACCAGACACCAGAUACCAUAUACCAGACACCAGAAACCAGAUACCAGAUACCAGAUACCAGACACCAGACACCAGAUACCAGAUACCAGAUACCAAACACCAGAUACGAGAUACCAGAUACCAGAUACCAGCCACCAGACACCAGAUACCAGACACCAGACACCAGAAACCAGAUACCAGAUACGAGAUACCAGAUACCAGAUACCAGACACCAGAUACCAGACACCAGAUACCAGACACCAGAUACCAGAUACCAGAUACGAGAUACCAGAUACCAGAUACCAGACACCAGACACCAGGUACCAGAUACCAGACACCAGACACCAGAUACCAGACACCAGAUACCAGACACCAGAUACCAGACACCAGAUACCAGAUACCAGACACCAGAAACCAGAUACCAGAUAAAGAGAUAACAGAUACCAAAUACCAGAUACCAGAUACCAGAUACCAGAUACCAGACACCAGAUACCAGAUUCCAGAUACCAGAUACCAGACACCAGAUACCAGAUUCCAGACACCAUAUACCAGACAUCAGAUACCGGAUACCAGAUACCAGAUACCAGACACCGGAUACCAGAUACCAGAUUCCAGACACCAGAUACCAGAUACUAGACAUCAGAUACCAGAUACCAGACACCAGACACCACAUAUCAGAUACCAGAUACCAGACACCAGAUACCAGACACCAGACAUCGGAUACCAGAUACCAGAUAAAGAGAUAACAGAUACCAAAUACCAGAUACCAUAUACCAGAUACCAGAUUCCAGACACCAGAUACCAGAUACCAAAUACCAGACACCAGAUACCAGACACCAGGUACCUGAUACCAGACACCAGACACCAGAUACCAGACACCAGACAUCAGAUACCAGACACCAGGCACCAGAUACCAGACUCCAGAAACCAGAUACCAGAUACCAGAUACGAGAUACCAGAUACCAGAUACCAGACACCAGAUACCAGAUACCAGACACCAGAUACCAGAUGCCAGACACCAGAUACCAGAUACCAGAUAUCUGAUACCAGACAUCAGAUACCAGACACCAGAUACCAGAUGCCAGACACCAGAUACCAGAUACCAGACACCAGACACCACAUACCAGAUACCAGAUACCAGACCCAGACACAGAUACCGGACACCAGAUACUAG